GGGGGUGGGAGCAGGCAGCUGGGUGACAGCCGAAGUGAAACACUCCCCCAGCAGAGUCAGUAAACUGGAUCAAACGGAGACAUUACUGGACAAGUCGAUGGAAACGUAGUAGGACUAGGCUUGUGAAACACCCGCUGGUAACGAGGAAGAGGGGGGAGGAAGCUCGUGUCGCUACUUUGAACCGACGCUGUGUGGAUCUGGUUCCGAGUGCUGUUAUCGUCGGAGCCAAAACUUAUUAUUAACACUGUUGCUUCGAGUUUUUAGCAUAGGUGGACACCUAGCGAGCAAAGCUAAGCAACACCGAGUGUUUACGGUCCCCACCACCACCACCACCCCUCACACCCCAUCGGAUAGCCCCGAUUUCUGCAACCUGUCAGGGUACCAACAACACGUCAGGUGGUCGGGCUCUCGGUAAAGAUGGGUGACAUAGACCCAUCGACAUCCCGUGCCUUCCAGUCGGAGGGCUUCAGUCCGCCAUACGGGAGGAGGAGGACAGUAGAGGAUUUUAACAAGUUUUGCACUUUUGUCUUGGCCUAUGCCGGCUACAUCCCAUACCCCCAAGAGGACUCUCCUCUGCGUAGUAGCUCCAGUCCCCCCAACAGUACGGGCAGCACAGCCGACAGCGACGGCUGGACCCCAGGACCCCCGACCUCAUGCCCCCAGCGCCCUCCCAAAGUCCCUCAGGACAGGAGCAGGAAACGUCCCCAGCCGGGACCCAUGCUCUCCAGUCACGGCAAAAAGGAUCACACAAUCACCACGCUGCAUCCAGAUGAUCGCAGAAAAGUCGACAAGCUGAAGAAGAAGAAGCGGAAAAAGGAGAGGGAGCAUCAGUCCGGCGAGGAAAGCGGGGCGCAGCAGCCUCACUCGGCAGUCUCUCCGCUGCCGUGCCCUCUGUCCUUCGGCGGCCGAACAAUCAAAGAAGAACCCGAGGAUGAUUUCAGGAUCCCCCUCCACCCCCCGUGCCUGCCCAGCCCGUCCCCCUGCAAGGAGGAACCUAAGGAGGAGCCCAAGGAGGAGCGGCGACACUGGGACGGCCGAGACCUCGAGGAGGGGGUGGUAAAGGUUCAGAAGGUGGAGGGCUUUUCAGGAAACAGGACGGUGUUCCGCCAGGGGAAACAGGUGGUGUUCAGAGACGAAGACGGGUCGGGAGAGGACGAGGACAUAAUGGUGGACUCGGACGAUGACUCAUGGGACCUGGUGACGUGUUUCUGCAUGAAGCCUUUCGCCGGCCGGGCUAUGAUCGAAUGUAACAAGUGCAACACCUGGAUCCACCUGUCGUGCGCCAAGAUCCGCAAGAGCCACGUGCCGGAGACGUACGUGUGCCAGAGCUGCAGGGAGAUGCACGGAACCCCGGACGCCCGCCGCUCCCACCGCUCGCGCGUGGGCCCGCGCAAACAUCUGCUAGACUGAUCCCAGGCCAAAACCCUGAACUCUGACCCCCCCUCCCCUCCCUCCCCAUCUCCCACUGCUCCUCCUUCUCACCCCUCCACCUGCCCGGACUGACCCUUCCUCACAUUCAGGUCUUGCACCCCUUCAGUCUCUUGCCCCCCCCCCCAUGAACCCACAUUUUCUACAGACACUUUGAUGGACCUAUCCCGAGCCCCUCUCCCCAUUUGAAAACAGUUCUAUUUUAGAUGACUACGGUUUGUUUCUGCUUCCUACAGACUCGUAAGUGCGUAAGGCAAUCACUGACUGGAUAUCUGUCUGUAGACGACGUUAGCAUAGCAGCAAACCGCUACUGUUGGGACUUCGGUGUCUCGUGAACACUGGAAACAUUUGAACUGCCAUAUUAGAGAGAAUGUCCUCACAACUGCCACCCACUAUGGUGCAUGCUGGGAUCCGUGGGCAAGAUGGUUUGCACUUUUUCUCACUUUUUUUUUUUUUUUUAAUUUUUAUUUUUGGAUCCACCUAUGGCCUGUCUGUCAUAGAGACAGGCAUGUCUUUCUAAUUAAACUGGAUUUGAUUUCUCUAUGAUGCCUCUAUUAAUGUUACAUAAUUAACCAUUUAAACAAGUUAAGCCUUGUGUCGAUUGCUUCAGACGGUGCUAUAGUAUUAAACUGAGGUAUAAUCCAAUAGAACAAAGAUGUACGAUAAGAGACUAGAGUCUGCAUCUGCUUCAUCUGUUUGUCGUUCCGUUUUGUUAUUUAAGACAUUGUGAAAGAAUAUCAUUGAGGCUAUACGCCCGUGCUACUAAACCAAGCGCUUGUUCUCCUCCCUUUUUUCACUUCACGAGCCGUCUUCCAACCUCGUCCGUUCGUCUGAAUCAAGAUGUUACUCGACCGCAGCUUUCACCCUCAUACGAUAAAGUGUUAAAACAGUGUUCUUAUCUCGCCUGAGUUUCGUUCCUCAGGAAGAAAUUGUUAAUUAAAAGCUCAAAAACAAAAAAAAAAACAAGCUAAUGGACGAGAACAUGAUGUAUUUCCCGUUGCCUCGGUGCGUUUGAAUUUCAGCGGCGGAUUUGUGCACGAGCACUCUUUACUUUUCAAAACCGUCACUUGCCGUUUCCUUUAGUUAAUGGUUUUCGGAGUUUUCAGAGACAAACGUAUUUAUAAAAAGGGAACUCUUUGGGCCGUCCGGUUGGAAGUAUCACCGAAAAAGGAAGCUACGAUGAACUGGAAUAGUCCGGUGGAAGUUAUGCAUGUCGGUUUUUGUCCGAGCGAGGGCGCUGGCGACGCAUGUGCUGCUAUGGGUUGACUAAGCUCCGUGGCUUUAGGUCUUUUGUAGAAGGACAAAAAAGACAUCUGCCAAGUGUCACGGUUUGUUUGUUUGUUUGUUUGUUUUGUCUCUGGAGCCUCAGAUCAGAAGAACAGAUCUCUGUCCCUUAUCAACGCUCACUAGCCGCAGUAUUGAGUUUCACACAAAGAAGCAGGUUCAGCGGAAAAUGUAUUUUUGAGCAUUUUUCCAUAAAACUUACUUCAGUUAAGAAGAAGAAAGAUUUGGAGAAGGAAGAUUUGUUAUUCAUGUGCCAUCUGCUGUUGGGCCUGUCUGUCGAAGGCUACGUGUACCUGAUUAUAUAUAAAAAGCCAUAACUGUAAAGCGACAGAUUUUUAGACUCAGAACUUUGGAUUUUAGUCCAGGAUGAGGUUUUACAAUGCAGAAUCAAAGACUUUGACCCCCACAUUUACACACACACACACACACACACACGCGAUGAAUGUUUGGUUUGUAAAGAACACAAGACUUUCCAAGAGUUUAAAGUGGUUAAGCUCAUCUGUGCACUCUUGUCUUCUGGUAUUUACAAAUGUCGGUUAACUGGUUUCUGCCCGGCAACCACCGUCAAGUAGGUCGUGAUGUUCCAUGACUUAAAAAAAAUAAUAAUUUCAUUUGCUGUUUUGUAAUGACACGCAUGUCUUGAAAGAGAAUCUGAAGACACCUUCAGGCACAAAUUCUUAAUUUUAGUCUGCGUCUUAAAGACAUUUGUGUAAUUAAUGUUAAUGCUCAUAGUGAUACAGCUUGUUUAUUCUGAUCCCGGGUCGUCCUAUCCCCAUACUGAGAAAGCGUUGUCUGUACUGUGGUGCAAACUGUUUCUGUGAAACUAUUGUAAACUAUUGUAAAUAAAGAGUUACCAUUUUAA